AUGGAUGCACCACUCGACAACGCUAAGGACCAUGACUCUGUACUCGGCCCUCGUAGUAACCCCGUGAGGUUGAGUCGCAAAGCUGCUGUGAAGCGCAACAGUACGAAAGAGAGAAAGGCGGAGACUGAGAGACACGACAGUACGAUGCAGAGCACCCACGUCCGCGCGAAGACUUCUUCUAUGGUUCCAGCUAUCCGGAUCACUGCGAGCACGCCACCCAUCUUACGCCGCUUUAGCUUCGAUGAAACACCCAGUGAACUGUCUUUUAGCCUCGCCAAGCUCUCCAAUUCACCUGAUUUCGAAGACAUCCCACUCAGCCCUGUGGCUGGUCCAGAGCCGGUCAACUCGUCUCAACGGCAGCUACCUGCCCAGGAACAGCGAAGUCAUCGAGUGGCCAAAGAGGAGCGAGAGGAAAAGGUUGGAAGCCAAGAAGUGGAGCGACAGCAACGCCGCGUUGCGACGACUUUUGAUCAGAUAUUAGGGGAGAAGAGGAUUCCGACCGCGUUAUUAUAG